UUUUUUGUGUUGCGGUUGUUCUUUGUUUUGAAUUCGUAUAGCUUUUUUUCUCGGAAGUUGGCCAUGCUGAACAAUAUGGUGCACGUGCUUUUUUUUUCCUUUUUGUCUGUCUACCCCUACUUCCUCGUGCAGGCCAACUGGGGCAGCUUCCACUUGCUCGGCUCGCGCAGAAGCAAAAUCCUCGGAGGCGUUGUGCUCGCGCAGCUGCUCCUCAUCUACACGCGACUCAUGUGCCAGAACAACUGGACCUUCCUCAAGAAGUGGACGGACGAGCAGUUUUUUAACCGAGACGAAGUCAUGAGGGCGCUCAAGGAGGACCAGAAGACCGACUUCUACGUCAACCUACUCAACCAGUACAGCUUUCUCAAGAGGCUCUACCUGGGCAACAACAAGUUCUACGAGCUCCUGCUCCACCUACAUAAAUACAAGUACCUCCUCGAUGUCAUUUCUCCCAUCAAUUCGUUGUUCUACAUAUACAUCGCGCACUCGGCCUACUACUACCUGAAUAAUUUGUCCUUCGCCGGCAUUUACAUUUCUUCCUUUUCGCUGGCGCUCUUCCUGCUGAACGUUUUAUCGAACAAAAUCGAUAUGUACUUCUUGACCCGCGCCUAGGCUGCUCCCCCAACACACGGAGAAGUGCUUUUACACAAGGGGAAG